UUUAGUCAAUCAAGCAACCUGACGGUACAUUUGAGAACGCACACUAGAGAGAAAUCUUAUAGCUGUGAUCAAUGUGGGAAGAGUUUUACUACAUCUACCAGUCUGACUAUACACCAGAGAAUACACACAGGAGAGAAACCUUAUAGCUGUGAUCAAUGCGGGAAGAGUUUUAGUCAAUCAAGCAAGCUGAUGGUACAUUUGAGAAUGCACACAGGAGAGAAAUCUUAUAGCUGUGAUCAAUGCGGGAAGAGUUUUACUCAAUCAAGCUGCCUGAUAGUACAUCAGAGAACACACACAGGAGAGGAACCUUAUAGCUGUGACCAUUGUGGGAAGAAUUUUACUUCAUCUAGCCAGCUGACUAUCCACCAGAGAACGCACACAGGAGAGAAACCUUAUACUGCUCUGACAAUCUGUGAUGAAUGUGGGAAGAGUUUUAGUCGAUCAAGCAUCCUGAUGGUACAUUUGAGAACGCACACUGGAGAGAAA